CACAAACUUCCUUCAAGUAUCAAGCUUGAUAUCCAAUCCACCACGCAAAAGACCAAACCCAAUCAAUGGCAAUUUGUUGGAAAGAAGUAAAAAGAGCAGGUUCUUCUGCUCAUAUGGUAAACUAAGAAUAUAAUCAAGUGCUUAUCCUCUUCAUUCAUUCAUUCUAAGAAAAAUCUCCGUUUUCUUGGGGCGGACAAAAUAAAGAGCGUCAGAUCAUCCACCGCUAUCGAAGAGUGAACAUGCCAUAUCUCCAGUGAAAUAAAAUCUCAGCCUCUCUCUUCCACGAGACCCAAGGAAUAGAAAAUGUGACGAAGGAAAGGCACCAACCAAGCUGCUGGUGGUGGAUGCUCUUCUUCUUCUUGUCGGUGCGUGGGUUAGUUGACUCCUUGGACUCUAAAAAGUAGCUGCUUGACUUUAUUUAGUUGCUUGCUGCCAGCAGGCGAUUCAGAGUUCUUCACUUUUGUCCGUUUCAAUUCGCCUCGACUAAAUAUUUUAAACUGACUAUUUCGAAUCGUGUUUACAAGUUUUUUUGUUUCGAACAACUUUAUUUUGUGAUUUUCGGUUAGUUUCCAGUUAGUUUCAAAAAGUUGGUCAAAAAGUUUACUACUUGCGUGAGAAAAAUUUAUUUUAGUGUUCGUGGAGGGAAACCAAGAACCAUGGCGAAAGUGUUGUUAAACUUGCUGAUAUUCUUGUUGGCGGCGAGCGGCCUUGUCGCAUCAGCGAAGGAUAAAGGCGAUAAAAAGGAUAAAGCUCUGAAGCCGAUAAUCCCUAUCCAUCUUUCUGAAGGGCAGAAUGCGACCACGGUGCUUAAGGGGAGUACAAUUCAAAUCGUUUGCAUCGGUCCCCAUGAACCAUUUGAGACGACGAGAACAGAAUGGUGGAAGGAUGACAAAGAAAUAGAAGAUGCUCACCAAUGGUCAGGCUUCGAAAUUUCUAGACUCGGGUUGACCAUUAACAAAAUCCAACCAAGCAGUUCCGGGGUAUAUAAAUGUAUUCUGAAGGAUGAACACUCGCCUGAUGUCAAUAAUAUCCACCGCAAUAUCAACAUAACCGUGGUGAGAAAGAAGGACGGAGAGAAGAAGAAACAAUUAGUCUCAGAACAUGACAGGGAGUACGACGACGAUGCAGAAUAUUCUGAAGAAAUGCUUAUUGAUUGCGACCGUAUCAGAGCUAAACCUGGAUUUUCUGAGGAUGCUCCUUAUCUUUGUUUCGAACGUCAUGGGGACCGGCUCAAUCAAUUCCAUAUACUUCCAGCCGGAAGUGGAUUAACACUUAAGUGUGACCCGAAAGGAAACCCCCCACCGAAACUUCGUUGGUAUAAAGACGACGAGCCAUUCUCAGCGGCUGGCUACCACUACAAGAUAAGCAACAAUACGUUAACAAUGAAGGAGGCUACAGAGUCCGAUUCGGCCGUGUAUUCUUGUGAAGCUUAUAAUUCGCAUUCAAGAAUCAGAAUCAACAAAGAAGUCAAAGUUCAACAGGUUAACCAUGCCAAACCGAUAUUUACUGAAGCACCUAAAAAUCUAACUGUGAUGCAAAUGGGUAAUGCGUUCCUAAAAGUGGAAAUAUUGAGUGACGCUGAAUAUUUCGUAAUGUGGAUGAAGCAUUCUCCCGAAAAUCCCGAAAUAUUUGAAACCGUCGAGUCAAGAACCGACGAUGACUAUUACCAAGAUUCGCAUAUUCUUUAUUUGGAGAAUGUGACUCUAGCUGACGCUGGUUGGUAUACCUGCUUAGCUACUAAUAGCAUCGGUCGGGCAAACAUGUCUGUCUAUCUUGACGUAGUGACAGAAGUGAAAACCGACGCUGCUGUUUCCAGCAAUGAGAUUGCCCAAAUGUCUGAAAUUGUAGCGAUUGGAAUUCCAUUGGCCGCUGGUAUUUUACUUCUCUCGAUAUUCGCAGUUUGGUUCUUCACUAAUAGAUAUCAGUUAAAAAAACUAAGAAUGAAGAUUAAGGAAGGUAAUAAAGGUUGGACUAAGGUAGUCGUCGUGGAUAGAGUUCCGGCUCGUGAUAGUGAAGACGGUGCAAUACUAAUUCCAGAAGUAAACAUAAAAAGUGUUCCGACAAACCGAGCCAACGCUCAAGAAUAUGAACUUCCAAAAGAUGAAAGGUGGGAAUUUCUUAGAAGUCGCUUAAUAAUUGGAAAGUAUUUGGGUGAAGGUGCCUUCGGAGAAGUUUGUCAGGCAACUGCCCAUGGGAUAAUUGACCGAGGAGUAACUACCACCGUUGCCAUUAAAACACUUAAAAAUACACACUCUGAUGCUGAUAUGAUUGACUUGAUAUCGGAAAUGGAGACCAUGAAGGAGCUCGGAAAACACCCAAAUAUAAUCAACCUACUCGGAUGUUGUACUGAAGGAGGACAACUACUCGUCAUUAUGGAGUUUGCUGAACAUGGCAGUCUGUUAGAAUUCCUUCGGACUAAUCGGAACAAUUACACUUUUAAUAAAAUGAAUAACAAUCCCGACACGGUACUUCAAGUUUAUGAAAAUGACCAAACAGCAGCCAUACCGUCCGGACAAACCGCCUUAUCAUUUAAAGACCUGAUGUCGUAUGCGUAUCAAGUAGCACGAGGAAUGGAUUAUUUGUCUCAAAGAAAAUACGUGCACAGGGAUUUGGCUGCAAGAAACGUUCUUAUUGCUGCUAACCACGUGGCUAAAAUAUGCGAUUUUGGAAUGACCAGAAGUACAUUUGCAAAUGAUUAUUACCGAAAGAAAUCGGAUGGACGUGUCCCCAUCAAGUGGAUGGCGCCGGAAACACUAAUCCACCGUGUUUAUACUUCCCAGUCUGACGUAUGGUCUUACGGAAUCCUUCUUUGGGAAAUUGUCACUCUUGGGGGUUCACCAUACCCAACUAUUCCUAAGAUGAACUACUUGUUAGAAUUUAUACAAAGUGGUCAACGGAUGUCGCAACCGCCUAAUUGUCCCACAGAAUUAUACAUCUUGAUGAGAGACUGCUGGAUGGACAACCCAACUGGUCGCCCUAUCUUUAGUCAUUUAGUCGAAGACAUUGGACGCAUUCUGUACAUUGCUUGUGAAACGGAAUAUCUUGAACUAGAGGUUCCAGGACCUCCUGAAGAAAUCGUGACGCCUCCCAGCAGCCCAGAAAACUCUCGACCUGAGAUCAUGUUUGAUCCUGAAUUUAUAAAGUCAUUUACGGCCUAAAUGAGUCUCCGUUUCUGUCUUGAAACUUGUGCUUUUUCUGCUAUACUAGAAAAAGAGAUAAGUUAACAUGCCCACCUUGUUCUUGUUUUUAUUUCGUAUAGUAUUACUAGAUACCAUUAAGUGUUUUCUAUUAUAUUAUGAUUAUUAUAUUAUUGUUAUACAAUAAAUUACUACUAUGCUCCUGAAAAUUAGUCAAGCAAGGUGGCAGCUAUAGUUGUAUUACAGUAUAUAAGAAAUCAGACAUCACGUUUUUGUUAUUAUUGUCAUUAUUGUCAUUUGUUAUAAGUAGAAAUAGUUUUCAGAUUCAAAUUGUUUAUUAGUCAGAGAAAGGCAGCUAGCUACUUAACUUUUAUUUACACAGAGGUAUUUUUUUUUGCUUUCCGUUCAGAUCUAUUAUUACUAAAAAUGCAACUAUAUCAUGAUUUACACACGUGGUUAGACUUAUAUAAUAAUUUUAUUGUGAAAAACUUGCAGAAACUAUUUACUUGUAUUGAUUAAUACCAGAUGUAUGUACGCAUUUAGUUAGAUCGGUCAAAUAUUCACUUGUUCAUUGUUGACAAAUAGUAUUAAUAAAGGUCACGUCGGUUAAUCAUUA